UUGGAUUUAUUCUUUUCCUUUUUCUCCCAGAACUUUUCUUUUCAAAAAAAGUCACUUCCUUGUAGAGCAGAAAACGUAGUUGGCCGGUUCGAGACAAAAGCACGUCUGACCGUCAUUCCACAAGAAAAACCCAAGAAAGCUCCACGAUUUUCCGAGUUACUUAGCGACAAAACGGAAGUCGAGGGAAACACUGUUGUAUUCGAGGUGGGUGUUCGUUCCGUUGUUGCUCGAGUAGAAGCCGAACCGAAGCCCGAUAUUAAAUGGUUCCUCAAAGGAGUGGAGCUAAGUGCAUCUGAGCACGUAGAAAUUCGCGAAUUUGACGGAUCCGUGAAGCUAGAACUACGAGGAAUUAAGCUGGAUGAAGCUGGCGAAGUGAAAUGUGUUGCGACGAAUUCUGAAGGUUCAGCGGAGACAUCUAGUAAAUUAAUAGUAAAUCGUAAACCAUUCCCACCCACAUUCGACAAACAACCCCAAAGUGUUACGGUUGAGAGAGGAUCCGAAGCAAGAUUCGAGGCGCAUGCAGAGUCAAGUCCAGCUCCUACGUAUCAAUGGUCAAUUGAUGGUAGGAAGGUACGCGAGAGCACCGAAGGCGCACGUGUAGAAAUGAUCGACGGUAACUCCGUGCUGUUUGUGAAUACGUCAGUACAUCCUGUAACGUCGACGAUUUCUGUUAUCGCCGAGAACAGUCUCGGAGCGGACGAGACCGGCGCUCGCCUCAUUGUGGAGGAGAAGAAGGUGGGCGUGGUUUCCCCUCACCAUUUUCAUACAUUUUCUUUCUUGACUAUACUAUCAGUUAUGUCACUAAGACAAUUACAAAGAAUUUGAUA